AUGCUCAAUGGCAAACUCUACGCUGUCUUCGACCCCGCCCUCCUCCAAACCCUCCUCCGCAACAAAACCGCGUCCUUCGAACCCUUUGUCUUUGACUACGCGAAAAAGACAUUCGCGCUGAAGCAGGAAACGUUCGCGAAAGUUAAAGUUCCGGGUGUUUACGAUGAAUUUACAGAGGCGAUACAUGCGAGCUUUCAGGUUAGGCACCUGCAUCAGAUGAAUGUGCAUUUCCUGGAUAGCAUCUCUGCCAAGUUGAAUCACGCGACGAUACGCGCUGAUUCGAUCAACGCGGGGAGAGAAACGCUGGUAAAUGGACGGUUACACGUGGAGAAUUUAUAUCUUUGGUGUCGCGAUGUUAUGAGCCUCGCUACAACGAGAUCUCUCUACGGCGACACUGAUCCGUUCAAUCGCGAUCCCUCGCUGAUUGAAGACAUGUGGCUUUUCGAAGAAUCAAUCCCCUACUUCCUCCUCUCGCUCUUCCCAUCGAUCACAAUGCCAAAAGCCUACAAAGCGCGCUCCACGCUCCAAAACAUCGUGUGCAAAUGGUACUCCCAAGACCACGACAUCUCGGACCCCAGCGUCUCCGCCCUCGUACGAAACCGCGCCGGAUCACUACGAAAGAACGGUCUCUCAGGGUACGAGAUUGGGAAGUUUGAGGUUAUUCUUCCGAAUGUCGCGACGCUUAAUGCUGUGCCAACAUUUUACUGGCUAUUGCUGUAUAUCCUUGAUCGACCGGAUCUUCUCGCACGAAUACGAGUCGAGGCUGAAGACGCAGCUGUUGUAGAGCGCAAUGACGGGAAACGGAGCGUGACAUUCAAUAUAGCGGAUUUCGAGACCAAGCUUCCUCUGCUUGUGAGCUGUUAUCGCGAGACAUUGCGUCUUGCCAACCAAACUGUCAGCAUGCGUCGGAUCCUCAAAGACACAAGCGUUACAACGCCCGAAGGAAUAACAUACAUACUCAAAAAAGGAACAGACAUGCAACUCCCCGCUGGCGUCGCGCACUACGAGGACAGUGUCUGGGGCGCUGAUGUCAACGUCUUCAAUCCAGAGCGCUUCCUCGCCUCAUCCAAGGGAGAUGCCGAAGAGGAGCGAAAGCGUAAAGCAGCGUAUAUACCCUUCGGCGGCGGUCGCCAUCUCUGCCCAGGACGAAACUUUGCUUUCGCAGAGAUCAUCGGGUUCGCGUCUGCUUUACUGCUAGGCUUUGAGAUUGAAGCUGUUGGGAUGGGGUUUGGCGAUGUCAACAUGUUGGGGCCGCAACUUGCGGGCGGGACGGUACGGCCUGAGAGGUACGGCGCUGGAUUGGGAGCGACGAUUAGUAGACGGGAGGGAUGGGAGGAUGUUGAGUGGAGGUUUGAGUGUUGA